GUAGAUUUCAGAAUUCGGGUUUUGUGUAGGCUGAGAGGACAUAAGUUCGAAAGAAGAAGUAGAACUUAAGUUGUUUUACGUUUAUUGUGCAAUCAUUUUACUGUUAAGUGAAUCACUUAGGGCAAGUAGCCCUUGCAUCAAGACGGCGUCAUAUCGAGCUCAUGCUUCUGUGGACUACUUCACCAGCAAUCCCUCGCCAUGUUUGAUAACUUCACCAGGUAUGGAAUCACCGUACAUGUAUGACGGCUCUCUCCAUGAACUUGAAGAUACUAAGCCUAACGUAAACAUUAGUAGUACUGUGGCACCUGUGACAAUUGAUUGUUCUGAGUCAGAUCUUACUGAACUUAACUCACCCGAGUUUUCUUUUAAUUUACAAAAUUUUAUUAACACUAAAAAUUCUAGGAAAGGUUGUUUAAACAGCUCGUUCUUUGACAUCUUUGAUAGUGCAAAAUCUCCACCAACUAGUAUUGGGACAGAUAUAACGCCAACCCAGCUCGACACCAUAGAGUUACUGGCCGCCGAACAGGCCCAGUCUGACGUCGCUUCCUUCCCGGUAAUGCCUCAUCAAACUACUCUUGGAACUGACCGUUACGGGGCUGAACUUGGCGUCAAUAUUAAACAAGAACCUAUAGACUUUGACAAUUUUGAUAAAUUUCUUGACCUGGGACUACUCGGUGAUUUCUCCAGUGCCAAAGACCGACUUCAUCGUUUAGAGACUGCCGUCAGAACUACGGCUGCUGUGGAGACCUCUACCUAUCCAAGGCCUGUGACUACCACCGCGUCGCUGCUGGACAGCUUCGACGGUGUAGGUCUGAGGCAAGAUUUGGGUGAAGGAAUGCAGAAUAGUCUAGACAGCUGUUCUAGUAGUAGCAGUAAUUACCGAACACUGCCUCACGGUAAAAGUAAAUGUAAAAAACUAGUAGACAAGAACAGUGAAGAGUACAGACGUCGACGGGAACGUAAUAACAUUGCAGUCAGAAAAUCUCGUGAGAAAGCCAAGCAACGCAGUCGCGAAACUGAACGCAAAGUUUCUGAACUCGUUCGCGAAAACGACUCCUUACGCAGCCGGGUGGAGCUGUUGACCAAAGAACUGAGUGUGUUGCGUUCGUUGCUCACUAAUGUUGGAGUACCCCAAGAAAAUGUGGACACUGAAAUUGCUAAGAUUGGCCAGUUCGAUCGUAUCCAAGCCCGUCUGCCUAAUAUGUGAGCCUAUUCAUAAAGAACACAUUUGCUUCCGUGGACCACUGUUAAUUUUAUGUCGAUUAGGCUGUUGCUUUAACCUGUUGAACUUUUCUGCGAUUUGUAUGCCUACGGAUAAUGGUUUGAGGAGUUCUGUUGCUCCGAUAAUCAUCUUAAUUGCUUAUGUGAUAAUUAUUGCCUAUUACAUUGUAA